CAUGCGCCCAUACCGGUAAACGCUGUGAGAAUGGUUGUGUCUGGAUUACAAAACACAGCGAUUGAAAACACGUGGAGAAAAUGAAAUCGGCGAAAGAAAAGAAAAGAAAGCACUCUCGCAGAGAGCCGGCUGAUGGAGAUCGCAAAAGGAGAGGCACUGAAUCGGGCAUGGGGGAUCUUAAAGAAGAGCAGAAUCAUGUGCAGGAGGUAAAGGAAGAGGCGAGCGACAUUGAGGAAGGUGGCCUGGAUCUCACCGUGCCUUUCAAACCCAUCAGCGCUUAUCUGAGCAACAGACAGGAGAUGCUGGAGCAGUGUUUCCACGUCCUCGGGCAAAACAAGCUGAAAAAGAUGCUGCCUGACGAGCUGAAGGAAUGCUCGUUCACGGAGAUCAAGACGCUCUGCUGGGAUCAACUGCAGCAGCUAUCCGAGAACAAUCUGCUCCAGAUCCUGGAGGGUAAAGAGGUGACGGCGAACGCGGAAGCUGAAGAGAAGGAGACUAACAGGACUUCAGCAGACAGUCAGCAGGACAACAGCGUGGACUCCACGUCAUCGAUGAAAGAGAACGCUGAAGGAGAAGACAAGCAAGGUUUAUCCGGAGAAGAGAGCGACGUCCUGAGCAUCAACGCCGACAUGAACGACAGCGACAUCGAGGGCCACAAAGACCCCAAACCCCAAGAAGAGCAAAUCCCCGCUCCUACGGUUACGCCCUCCGUGUCCUCAGCCCCGCCUCCCGAAGUGGACCUCCAAUCGGACGAGCCGAAGCUGGAGCUUCAGCGCGACAUCGACAAGAGCGUCAGCGAGAUCCUGGCUUUGACCGACGGCAGCAGUGACGAGGCACAGCUCAAGCCGCGUUCACAGCAGGUCGCUAUGGAAACGCCCCCCGCGUCACUUCCCGUUCCUGCCGCAGCACCGUCAGCACAGCAGCUGGCACUCCUGGAGUUAGAGAUGAGAGCGAGAGCCAUCAAAGCUCUAAUGAAGGCCAACGAGGUGAAGAAAUAAACUCGGCCAUAUUGGCUUCUAGAAGUUUUGUCUAAGGAACACACGCAGCCAUAUCGGCUUCUCUUUUUGUUUUUUGCUGCUUAGGUUUUCUUUUCAGUUUCCGGACCUCACACAGUUUUACUGCAGAGAUCAGACACUGGUCAACACCGCGAUCCGGUUCAAAUACAUCAAGACUCUGCUGAUUUAAAAUGUCUCCAUUUCGUAGCUGUUGCAUGUGAUUUCUUACAAUUUAACGCCACUUUUAAUAUUUUUAUUUUAAAUAUACGCCCACUUCAAUAUGUAAACCUGUACAGUUGAUACUGUUAGUAUGUUUACAGCUUUAGUCUUCAGUCAAAGCAUUACAUUUCCUUGUUUGAUUUUUAUUUAUUUAUAGAUUGCGAGUAUCGCUCAGUGCCACUAGGUGUCAGUGUAGUGCUGCAGUUCUAUCUCAGGAUCAGCCAGAACAUUAAAACCGGUGAAGUGAGGAACGUUGAUUAUCUGGUUACAGUGGCAUGUGUUAAAGAUGCUGUUCACAGGAAGUGAACAGUCGGUUCUCGAGGUUGAUGUGUUGGAAGCAGGAAAAAUGCGCGAGCGUAAGGAUCUGAGCGACUUUGACCAACAUCCCACAGGUGCGUCCGCAGUGGUCAAGACAUGAGGUCAGAGCACUGGGUCGUUGAUCAGAAGGUCAGGGGUUCAAGCCCCAGCGCUGCCCCUCUUGAGUCCGUGAGCAAGGCUCUUAACCCUCUCUGCCCCAGGGUGCUGUAUCAUGGUUGAUCCUGUGACCUGACCCCAACCUCUUAACAAGCUGGGAAAGAAUGUCUCUGUGCUGUAAUGUACAUGACAAAUAAAAGUUUCUUCUUCUUCAGACCUUCUGAAGUUUGGAAACCAUUGAACUUCUAUGUUCCUCAUCAGAUGACCUCCAGUCAAGCUGCUGUUAUUCCCCCUGCCUCUUACCACUCAUCUGAUUAUUAACCCAGACUCUGAGUGUUGUUCUGUGAUCUCUGGCUCCUGCAUUAAGUCUGAACAGCUAAGCCUUUAUUAUGUCUGUGUUCAUUUUCAUGAGAUCUUUGAAGUGUCCACUAGAGACACAUAUUGGCCAAAAAAUUAGGCAGGAAAUACUCAGCUGAUGUACUGUAAGCUGUAUGAAAUACAGGAAUGCUUUAACAUAUAACUACAAACUACAAAAGAUCAUUUGAUCAGUUUAGUACACUUCAACAGGUUUCCUACGGCUCGCUGAUCUCACAGGAAGAGUGCUUUAGCUUCCACAGAAUUCCCGAGUUGGUCAAUGUCACAAGACAACGGGAUGAAGCUGGCUGCUGGGAGAGAAAAGUUCAGAAAAUUGUUCUUUAUGCACAUUAAACAGCUCAAUUCUCAAAUAAAAGCAUGUGCUAGUAUAGGAUAUGAAACUAUUACUUCUAACGAUUACUACCGUUGACCCAAGGGCUCGAUCAUUUCAAUGAGGAAAUAGACUUUAUAUGGCGAU